AUGUCUAAACCCAAGAAACCCCAAACUGAUGUAGAUAAUUGUUUAUUAAAUAAAUACUAUCAAAUACUAGAAUCUCUAGGGGAAGGGACGUACGGCCUUGUCUCAAAAGCAAUUGACAAAAAGACAAAGAACUUUGUCGCAAUCAAAAAGAUCAAAAUAGACGUCGAGAGUGAAGGACUUCCAUGUUCUUCUCUUCGAGAAAUUAGUGCUCUUUCUGAUCUGAAACACCCCAAUAUAGUGACUUUACUUAAUAUCUACAACACGGGAAAGACACUCUAUUUAGUCUUCGAGUAUUGUGAUGAUGACCUUCAGAAGUUCAUCAAGCGGAGCCAAGGAGAUAUCCCUCUUGAGCUUAUUAAAACCAUAUUAGUACAGCUCAUAAAAGCAUUAUCAUAUUGCCAUUCGCAUCGUACCUUCCAUAGGGAUAUCAAGCCCGGCAAUAUCUUUAUGAACAAAGAUGGGACUGUGAAGUUGGGGGAUUUUGGACUUGCUAGGGUUUUCCGGUCAGAAGCAAAACACUAUACUCCCGAAGUCAUUUCAUUGUGGUAUAGAGCGCCAGAGAUUCUCUUUAAAAUGCCAUCAUAUACAUCAGCAGUUGAUAUGUGGAGUGUUGGUGCAAUUUUUGGGGAAUUAGUGUUAAAGAGGCCGAUGUUUAAAGGGACGAGUGAGCGCGAUCAAAUCAUUAAGAUAGUUGAGGUGCUUGGAAUACCUACACAACAUGAGUGGGGGAAUGGGUAUUCCUAUUUUAGUGAUAUUCAUGUGCAACAAAGUGGAGAAGAUCUGAACACAACGUUUCAACGAGUUGGUGUGAGUGGUAUAGAGUUACUGAAAAGCAUGUUAGUCUAUAAUCCAAACAAUCGAGUUACUGCGGCUAAUGCACUUACUCAUCAGUUUUUACAAGUCAAGUGA